AUGCCUGACCCUGGGCCCUGGAAUCUGGAGCCCCGCACUCUCAUAAAGUAUCCUACUCUACAGACAAAUCUCAUGAUUAAGAGCAGAAUCUGGGAGUUACAUUUUUUGGCAACGAAGAUGGGAGCCUUGACGAUUUCCCGCCAGUGGAAGAGCUACCAGAGCGCGGGGAGCCGGCCAAGCUGCCAGGGGUCUGGUAUCCCAUGCCAGGGCUUCAAAUACCCUCUUCUGGAUUGGAGCAGACAAUUUUUGACUACUAAGAAGGCAGACAAGAAUCACUUUUGGCGACUGAGCCACAGAUUUUCUUGGCGCACGAUUUCUCAGCUUAUGCCUAUGGAAAGGCUUCGAUUGGGCAAAACUGAACAGGAAACAGUGACAGCAAAAGUAGAUAUUGGGCGGAGGGGGGACUGGGCGUCGCUCUACAACACUUACAAGGACGAGGAGCUUGGGGAUUGUGGCGGGCUUGAUGCCACAGCAGCGGCAAGAGCAGCCUCUAAGACGCCGCUUUCGCUUCGGAAUUUGAUGGGUGGAGAAGCUGUUUGCAGACGGCAAACGCGGACUUUCAACUUGGCAAAUCCGAGCGUUUCGAACAGUGAGGAGUUAGUUGGUGUGGUUAUGAACCGGUUAUUAGAUCACGUAUCCACCGCGAGCUCCUAUUCCAUUGCAGCUAGACAAUACUUUGCAUACGUUGUCGACCGUCCCGGAAUUUCACAAACUUUCAAUGCUCCCCUAUGUAAGGUGCUGAGAAAAAUUGAGUCAUGUAUGCGCAACCUCGGGCCAAAAAUGCUCUUUAAUAUAUCCCGAAAUAGAUGGCACGAUCCCACGCUUUCGGUGGAGGAAGUGUACGGUGUGACGGACGAGAAUAAGUAUAGAUCUGCGGGAAUAGGGAAGAGGAGGAACUAUGCUAUAGCGGGAUGGGAUCUUGAGAGCGCCACCAUGGUCACAAAACUUAAUAUGUGGAAGGAGAAGCUCGGAAGGGCGCAAAUUUCAUCCCAGGACUGUCCAGACAAAAUAAUGAGACAGGUGAGGAAAGUAAUGCAAGUGGGGUAUACAACUGUUGAAUUCAUCAGAAUGGAAAACAACCCUACAUUAGCCAUCCUAGCUCUACAGCAGGCUGACAGAGUGAGUCACCGAUUCCAUCACCGUCUUCCUCAUCUUCCAUUUCCAUAUAGUUCGGCUUUGGGAGGCCUCGGAUCCGAGCGCCUCCUCCAUUCGUAUACUCAUCCAAACACUUCACUGCGAGACGUCCUCGAAAUCGGUUGUGUUAACUAUACCAGGCUGUAUCCAGGCUUCAUUCAACCAACCGUUAGAAAACUCCAGGUUGCCCAGGCCGAGGUCAAAGAUUGA